UUAUGCACAAAGUGUCUACUAAACAUGCGAGCAGGGAGUGUGUGAUUUGUAAAUUUGCAUAAAGCAUUAAUUUGCUGCAAUUCCAUUACGAGCAAGGUUUUUAGCAUUUAAUAUGAACAUUUGAUGCACUUUCGAAGGAUUAUUGACGUUCUGGCUGAUUUUACCGAGUUUUAGUCGCAAAGUCUUCUUUUCUUUCUUCUGUGCAUUUAAUAUUCAUAACGAUGGUUGCGAUGACAAAAAGAGUGAAGAUGUUCGAGAUCGUUUUAAAUGAUCCAACCAAGACUUUCUACUGCAGUGGAGAUAAAGUUGCUGGGAAUAUCCUUGUGGAGGUGUCGGAGGUGACCAGAGUGACGGCCAUGAGGGUGUUCGGAGUCGGAUGCGCCAAAGUGGAGUACGCAAAAGGCAAACAGAGAUGCCGUGAAGAAGUUGACUAUCUUAAGUAUGAAGAAGUAGUCCACAUGGAUGACCAUCCUGAAGACACAGAUGGUUCAGUCAUCCUCCGUCCAGGCAACAAGUAUGAAUACUCAUUUGGCUUUGAGCUGCCUCAACAAGGGCAACUGGUGUCUUCUUACAAGGGCAAGUUCGGGUAUGUUCAGUACUAUGUGAGGGCUCUGAUGGAAAUGCCCUCUCAGCCCACCCUCCAGUGCAAGAAACACUUUGAAGUUGAAGAGCCCCUGGAUGUAAAUACCCCAGACUUGCUGUCUCCAACUGGAGGCAUGAAGGAGAAGAAAGUCACCUGCAUGUUCAUCCCUGAUGGCCAAGUGUCUCUGAACGCCAAGAUUGACAGGCGUGGCUUCUGUGAGGGGGAGGAAAUCUGCAUCGAUGCAAAAUUCGAGAACACCUGCUCCCGCAUCGUGGUACCCAAAGCGGCCAUCAUUGCCAAGCACACCUACCAGGCUAAUGGACGCACCAAGGUCUUGAAGCAGAAGCUCUCCUCGGUGCGCGGCAACCACAUCAUCUCGGGCAUGUGCGACGCCUGGCAGGGGAAGAGCAUUCGGGUGCCCAAGAUCAAGCCCUCCAUUUUGGGCUGCAACAUUAUUCGAGUGGAAUAUGCACUGAUGAUUUACAUGCACAUCCCUGGCAGCGAUAAGUUGGUUCUGGAGCUCCCACUCGUCAUUGGCACCGUGCCCUACAAUGGUUUUGGCAGCCGCACCAACAGCAUGAGCAGCCAGGAUGGUUCUGUCAGCACAGCGUCGGCCAGUUGGGUGUCCUUACGGAUGCCAUCAUCCGCCCCACCCAGCUACUGCGAUGUCACUCGUGAUUGCUGCAUGGAUCAUCCUCUCACGCCUCUGCUGGAUGACUAUGAUGAUGGAGACAGUCCCAUCUACAUGAACACACCCCAGUUCCAGUUCCCCCCACUCCCUGCUUAUUCAGAGGUGGAGGAAGAGUUUAACAGCAGUGUUCGUAUGCUUUCUGUCUGUUGAACUGACCCAGCAGAGCUAGAACUGAACUGUUGCCCAUUAAAAAGGGGCUUCUUUUACACUAUAAGCACUUCAGGCUUUCACCAUGCGAAUCGGAGCUGGUUUGAGAAGUGUUGAAUGGAUGUGUGAAAGAUGAGGUGGAGGACUUGGGGUCCGAGCGAACCCGUGCAAGAUGAGCUAGUCAAAGUUGCGAGGAAGAAGUGCCUGCGUUGCCUGCGUUGCCGACAGCCUCUUAUAUCCUGCUCAUUUUCCACUCAUACAGACGCUGUUUCAGGUCCUGAAAUGGCGCAAGGGCUGUUUGGCAUGCUGUAUUUCACUGUGUUUGAGCUACUCCUUCUUGACAUGAGAUUACUACUGUGCAAGGCAAUUAUACCACAUUAUAGCCAUAUAAGCACACCUUGACUUUCCCAAAUGUUGGUCAUAUACUUUCCAAUAGUCUCCAACAUAACAUUAAUUUGCAUUUAGCUACUUGAUUGUGUUGACUUUUCAUCAUGUUCGUUACCAUUCCAUUUGCAAUCCAAUGUUUUUGGGAGGUUCUUCAACACAUUUGCUUUUAUGCGUAAGGUUAAGCAGAUGUGCUAAUCCAGGGACAUUUUGUUGUAAGUUACUUAAAUGUAAAAUGAAAUGUAGUAUGUCAAUAAUUUAAUUAAGGUAUCAAGGGAAAUUAUGCAGUGUCCGUGUGUAAUGUGCCAGUGUUUAUCUAAUUUUAUGCACUUGAAUGGAUGCAAGAUAUGAGUUACUAUCCACAUGGAGUUUUUCUAUGUUCUUUUUUUUUUUUUUUUUUUACUCGUCUUCCAAAAUUGCUUUUAUGUUGGAUCUACACUGAGGAAUCAGGUGUACCAAACUUCCAUUCAAGAAAAACCUUGUACUACAAAGGGCUCCGUUGAUGUGUUUUCUCUUCCACUUUGGACUUCAUCAUUAGGCCAAAAUAUAACUGGACACUUUCAAGUGGCAAAAUGGUGUUUGGGCUUUGGGCCCUUACCGCGUUUAUUUGUGAGACCAGAAGCUACACUGUGUGUAGCCGUAUCGUAAAGACAUUUACAUUUUGAUGAACAUUUCACUUGUGGAGAUCUUCCUAAACCUAUUUUUGUGAGUACAAGAUGAAUGUUAUUGUAAAAUAUGUGGCAAUGCAAAUUUGCAAAUUAUCCUUUUUGUAAGUUAAAGUUGUGUUUUUUUAAUGAGAACUCUUUGGGUUAAUUUUCAAUAAAAACAUUGAAAUGUCA